AUGCUAAAACCUAAAGCGUUGACACAAGUUCUUAGCCAGGCAAAUACAGGAGGAGUGGAAAACACAUUGCUCUUGAAUCAUCAAGGAGCCCUUUUGGCUUACUCUGGUUAUAAUGACAAAGAUGCAAGGGUUACAGCAGCGAUUGCGAGCAAUGUAUGGUCGGCGUACGAAAAACACGGAAGGAAUGUUUUCAAAGAGGAUAAACUACAUCUGAUAUUGGUUGACUGCUUAAAUGGAAAAAUAGCCAUCACACAAGUUGCCAAUUUGCUAUUGUGCCUUUAUGCAAAAGAAACUGUAGGCUUUGGUAUUCUAAAGGAAAAGAUAAAUGCUAUAGCACAAUAUCUUGAAGGUCCCUUAAAACAAGUUGCUAGUUCAUAA